AUGGGAAGGUCCAACUUCAACUGGACAGCGGCACAACAGCUGCGCAAGGUCAUCGCAGAACAGCAUGAGGACGGCCAGGUCCCCUCUGCGGGCGCCCGGCGGGAGCCGCCCAUUUUAGUCCGCGAGCACGGGCGCAGCGCCGAGCCCUUCGGCCGCUUCCGGCGCGAAGUGCCGGCCAGGAUGCUGCUGCCCUUGUCCCGCGAGUUCUUUACCAAGAUCGCAGGACCGGAGAAGCUGAUCAUCGUCAGCUGGACCACGGGCGCGCCGGAUCCGAGUGAAAAGGGCAGCCGCACGAACAUCGCGCUGAACCUGGCCCUCUCCAUCCGCAAGCACGCUUCGCGUUUGGAGCGGCACUUUGCAUACAUCUCCAUGGAUGCUGUGGCACAUCAGGUGAUGCAGGAGCAUGGCUUCAACUCGGCCCUCUGCGACGUCACCUGCCGCACCGCUGACCUGAAGGACGACAUUUGGAAGAUGCGGUGGUACCUCAUGCUGACCCUCACCUCCUUCGGGCUGCGCGCUUUGGUGGUGGACGCAGACAUCGUCUUCCUGGGGGACCCACUCAAGGAGUUUUAUGGCGACUCUGACAUGGAGGUGAUGACGGACCACUUCUUUCCGGAGAAGCACCUCUGGGAGCCUUGGGUCCGCGUGGAGGACCACAUCAACACCGGCUUCGUCCUCGUAAAGCCCAGCCAGCCCCUGCGCUUCCUCAUUGCCGACUUCUUGGAUUUGAACUGGGAGUCCGAGCAGGGAGGGGUGCGCCGGGAUGGUAUGGACCAACGUGUCUUCAACCACUUCAUCGUGAGGCAGAUGUCAGCGGACAUCCCCUUGGUGGUGGGUCGCUACCAAGACCUCAGCUUCGGGCGGGCGCAGUCCAUCGUGCCCGCGUGGCCUUGGCGUCAGGUGAACAUUCGGAUCCUGGACCCAGCCCGCAUCGCACAUGGCAUGAACUUCUUCUGGCGGCGGGCGCACCUGCUGACAAAGGUUGCGUUGCCACCCGUGGCGCACGUGAACGGCGCAGACCCCAAGGAGUACUUCCUGAGGGACCGCCAGGUGUGGUUUCUGGACGACUGGCAUGAUCGAUUCAACGAGUCGACCAGGUUCCUGACCUACGCGCAUCUGCCGGGCACCUUGAAGGAGGAUUUCUCUCAGCUGGCGGCGGCCGUGGAGGUGGCCAAGCUGCUGAACCGGCGCCUGGUGCUUCCCAGCACCAUGAACUGCCGCAACGCUCCCUCCUAUCGGGUUUGGAACCUGGAUCUCACGGUGCAGAUGGAGUCGGACAGUGGGAACUGCACCCUGGACUACUUCUCGUGGGCCAAGAACUUUCUGGACGCCCAUGCUGGCUUUGUGGUGGAGUCCAGCGUGCAGCGCGCUGAAGAGUUUCGACACCUCCAGUCCGAGCUGCUGGAGUUAGAAGCUUUGUCAGCAGAUCUCCGGAAAGACGUGCCGGUGCUGCGCCUGAAGGAUGUGCUCCAGGUCGCUGUCGGAUCCUUCAACGCCGAAUCCCGCGAGCCGGGCGCCAUGAUGACCCUGCCGGAGCGGGUGGGGAGGGUGAGAUAUCGUCUCUCCAAAAGCUCCGUCUCCGCGUGCGCGCAGCUGGGCUAUAGCCUGCGGAAGCCUGGAACGGACGAGAUGGGAGCUGAGUUUUCCCUGCCCCGAUCUCAGGCAGCUCAUCACCAGAGCCGCCUCAUGCGCCGGAGGAAGCGGAGGAAGAGGUUCAGCGGGGCCAAGCCUUUGCGCAGCUUCGCGGAAAUGGACAUGACACCAGAGGAGUGCAAGAAUGAGCGGUGCAAUGAGCCGGGCGCGUCAGAAGUCAACAUGAAGUCCGUUGACCUCGGUCGACUGGAAAAAGCGUUGACUGAGCUGGACGACUUCUCGCGGAGGUUAGCGCUGCUGGAGGCAUUCAACGCCUGUUCCCGCCCGGACUUGGACCCUGCCGCGACGGGACAACAUGAAGAACUUGCCAACACGAUGAAAUGCCUGGCGAAGCGCUUGGAUGAUUUGGAAAGAACGCCCCAGGCUGAGACUUGCCAGAUUGGGCAGCCGGGCUCCAUAUCUACCAUGUCCCAGCGCAUGGAUGACUUGGAGAAGCAAAUUCAGGCUGCACCGAACGAAGCUGGCAGGCAGGCUGAGUUCUCCAAUUUGUUGACACGCGUGGCGGAUUUGGAAAAGAAGGCCGACGCUGCGAUUGGCCAGAAUGGGCAGCAGGACACGCCCUUUGACAUGUUCCAGCGCAUGGACGACUUGGAGAAGCAGGUCAAGGCUUCACUGAACGCAGCUAGCAAAGAGGCUGAGUUCUCCAGAUUGAUGACACGUGUGGCGGAUUUGGAAAAGAAGACCGGCUCUGAUAAUGACAUGUUCCAGCGCAUGGACGACUUGGAGAAGCAAGUUAAGGCUGCACCAAACGAAUCUGUCAGGCAGGCUGAUUUUUCCAACUUGAUGACGCGCGUGGCUAAUAUGGAACAGAAGACCCGGGCUGAGAAUGGCCACGCAGGGCAGCAGGACAUGUUCCAGCGCAUGGACGACUUGGAGAAGCAAAUUCAGGCUGCACCCAAGGAAUCUGCCAGGCAGGAAGACUUUGCCAACUUGAUGACACGCGUGGCUAACAUGGAAAAGAAGACCCAAGCUGAGAAUGGCCAGGAAGGGCAGCAAAGCUCCCCCGACAUGUCCCAGCGCAUGGACGACUUGGAGAAGCAAAUUCAGAUGGCGCGCAAAGGGCAUGACGAUUUGUCAAACAUCGUGAAGCGGUUUGAGGAUGGCGCGACGAACUCUCAGGGCGCGGAUCAAUCACAGGGGCUAGCUGAGCUGUCCAAGCGGUUUGACAGCUUGGAGCAGGAGCUGUCGCGACGGCGCCUGGAGUUCUCCCGCCUGGAGGAGAUGGAGCACAAGCUAGCGGCGCAGGACGCCGGCGCCAAGGAGAACCUCAGCAACAUGAUCGACUGCUUGGACGACUUGGGAUCGAAGCUGGACGCCUCCCAGGAGGGCAAUAUUCAGACAGCACAGCGCCUGGCAGAAUUGGAGAAGUCGUUGGGCAAGACAAAUCCGACCUUGCCCGCCCGCGCUCUUGAAUCGCCUGCCGAAAAGCCGCGGCCAAAUGGGCGCAGCCCCAGGAGCAGACUUGCGACAUCGUUGAACGCUCCCAGCAGCCCGGCGAAAGCCAUGGUGAGAACGAAAAGUUCUUAG